AAUAGAUAAUAAAAUUAAUGCCAUAUUAUAUUAUAAUAAGACAGUACAUAAACAUCAUAUGUUUCAAACAUUUUACUUAUAAUCGUUGUUCAAAUGGGCACGUGUUAAGGAUGUAACCAACAGGUUGUAUAGUUUCCCCACUACUUUCCCCAAGAAGAAUGCUUGGGGCCUCAAGGGUGAGGCUAUAUAGAGCUUCUCCAACCCCGAACGAGCUUAGACGAAUACAGAGAUUCAAGCAGUUGGCAUUUUGCGUCAAAUAGAAUCCAAUCUACAUCUCGUCGGUUUAUUUAUAUGUUUUGAAAUACGUACGUGUUAAUCAAACAAUCAAAUAUAAGAAAACGAGCAUCAAAUGUUGUACUGUCAGUGAUUUCAGUGUAACCUUGGAUUAAAUCUAAGAUUAUUAGCUACUUACAAAUGACGAUGGAGAACACUACAAACAAUUAUAAGCAUGACAACGAAAGGCAUCUUCAAUUUUCGUCUAAGCAAAAGAAUGGCUCGAAUUCAGAUAUGUUGGUUCUAGACCUAUCAUGCAAGGAGCGCGUGCCGCUUAUAUUGCCUGUAAUUAAAGAAACCAGAGAUGAAAUUAAAAAAGAAAAUCUUCCUACUGAUUUGUCACAAACUUCGGCUAUGAAUGCAAGUAAGCGUUUAUGUGAACAAAUAAAUCUUUUAGAUGAAGAUAAACAGACUUCUCCCGUCGCGGGCAGUAGUGCCAUGUUGUCGCCAUACUCCGAGCCAAGCUCGCCGAAAAGGACGAAGACUGAAUCUAUGGACUACUACGAAAAUAAUUACCAGUUGAAACAUACCGCAUUAGCAAAUAUGUUACCGCGCGAUAUUAUCCCUGGCGUAACAAUGGUGACACCUCAGCAUCCACCAUCGCUACUUAUGCUUCCGAACGAAGCCAAGAAUAUUCCAUUCAUAGUGCCAACACACACAAUGUCUAUACCAUAUAUAGAAGCGUCACAAUCCUUUAUGACAAAUGAGGCCAAAAGAAAAGUCCCGUUUGCAGUGCCAGCAGAAUGCUCGACUUCUACGGAAAUGAAAUUGCCAACGUCAUCGUUGGACACCCUAAAGAAAAUGAGACCUUUUAAGGCCUACUCGAAGAACAUGUUGCCCAUGAUUCCUACCCUCGACUAUAACUCUAAUGAGGAAUUCGCAAAGUUCUGUCAGCACUGGAUGGAGGAAAGGCACAAGACACCCAGAAAUACAUCGAAUCCUAAAAUGCGUCGAGUAUCCAAGAGUCCUGGAUUGCCUACUAGCACCGUCAAUGAGAAAGAUGCUGCAUAUUACGAAAGGCGAAGAAAAAAUAAUGAAGCAGCGAAACGUUCCAGAGAUGCUCGAAGAGCCAAGGAAGAUGAACUCGCGAUGAGAGCGGCUUUCCUUGAACGCGAAAAUUCGCGGCUUAAGUGCGAAAUGAAAGCACUCAAAAUUGAACUACAAAAAUACACUAACAAUUACAAUUUUAUAUUUUAAGAUAAUUUUGUUGGUUGUGAAUAAUUAUUAAGGCAUGUGAUAAUCAUGUAUAAUAGUAAUGAUAUUAUGAUACGAAUAAUUUAUCAUGAUACGGUUUUUUGAUAGGAAUAUAUUAAUUUAAAUGUUUAAUAUAAAUAUUAUAUAUAGUUAUAUUUUUUUAAUAUUUUUAUAUGGUAUGUAUGUAUAUGUGUACAGAUAUACGCAUAAUAUAUAAAAUAUUAUAUGCUUUAUCUUGCAACAUACGUAUAAUGCUAUGCACAUUUAUACGUAUAAUGCUAUUAUUCAAUAUAUUUCUUUAACAUGUCAUGAAAACUGAUUCAUAAUUGAUAAAAGAAAAAUUUUUGACAGAUUAUUCGCUUCUUUGGAAAUAUAUCUUUGAACAUUUUUCUUAAAGUUUUCUUAAAGAAUACUUUUCUAAAAGUAUUUAUAUAAAUUAUCACAUGUAUUAACUCUAUACAAUCAUGUAAUAUUUCAAUACAAAAAAUAUAUAUACAUAUUACAUAUUAUAUACAUAUAAGCUGCGUCGUGUAGGAAAUUAAAUACGUGAAAUUAUACGAUAAUUUAAAUAUGCUUUAUAAUCGAUUAAAACUGAUAUAAAUAAUAGACUGAUACCAAAAUAUAAAAAAUUGACACGUAGUAUAAAGUCUAAAAUACGACACGAUUCUACUUUUGCAAUACAAUGUAAUUU